CAAAAAUUAUCAGUGGUACUAUCGUUUCCCAUUCGGUUUUUAAAACUUGAACAAUUAAAUAUUGUCAGUUACCUAUUUCUAAUCGAUUCGAAAUGAAGUUAUCGUAUUUUUUGUUGAUAUUUUUCAUACAAUCGUAUCAUACGAGACAUGUUUCUGAUCCGAAAAAUGGACUUAGGAUACCAUUGAAAAGAAUGUUUCCAAAGAAAGAAACAUUCAGUUUCGCUUCAAUUUUCAAUCCAAAUCAAAAAAACAACAAAUCGAUUCCUCUUGAAAACAGCGGAAAUAUGUGGUAUUACGGACCUAUUUCAGUUGGAACGCCACCUGUACAGAUGGACGUUCUUUUUGAUACAGGAUCGGUUAGUCUAUGGGUACUCUCUACACUGUGUAAUGAUCCAGUAUGUCCCAAAAACCGUAUUCGAUACGAUCAUAACUCUUCGAAAUCGUACCAAGAGCAGAACGAUAGACUUGAUUACAUUCGGUACGGUAUUGGAUAUGUGUCAGGAUAUUGGGGUCGUGAAACCAUUUCAAUAGAUGGUGUCAGCGUGGAAAAUCAACGAUUUCUCGAAUCCACAUCCAUGAGUGAGAAAAUUGCAGCGGUUCCAUUUAGUGGCGUUAUGGGAUUAAAUUACCGUGUACGGGAUUCCAUCACCAUAAUAUCGAAAUUUUGCAAUCAAACUAAUAGUAAAGAAAACAGCGCUGAAUUUUCGUUUUAUUUGAGCAACAACGUGUCAGAUGAGAAUGGUGGCGAAUUAAUGUUAUGUGGAACAGACGAAUCCAAGUACGAAGGUAGCUUGAAGUAUGUUGAUGAAAUCGCGAAUGAUGGGCUACACCACUCUUGGACAAUUCCAAUACAAAAUGUUUCAGUGGAUUUUCCUGGACCAUACCCUAAAUCAUUCCAUGUAAGUGUACCCUAUAGAGCUGUAGUCGACACUGGAUCCCCGUAUAUUUACGGGCCAGAGGAAAUCGUAGAUCGCAUACCUUUACUAAAUGACAAUCAAGAACAAGAAGAUAAAUGCGACUUCCGCAAAUUACCAAACAUAACAUUCAAGAUUGGUAGCGAAGAUUACAUACUUACAGGACAAGAUUACAUGAUACAGCAUGGAGAAGGAGACUGCGAAAAAGGUAUAUACAAAUGGAAUAACGACGAAAUUGAAUGGCUCUUGGGUGAUGCCUUCCUCAGAAAGUACUACUCUGUAUUUGACAUUCAAAACCGCCGAAUCGGUUUCGCCAAAAGCAAACAUAAUUAAAUGGUUUCAAUUUGCUUCGGUUAAUAUAAGAGAAGGUAUCGCUCAAUUUGUUUAGGUGAGUUAGUUUUAAAAGUGAAAUCUUAAUGUGUAUUUAUGACUGGUUGUUAGAGUUAAACACUGUAAUUCUCUUGUUAACAAUCAAUUAGAAUUGAAAAUUCAUAAAUUAUUUCCAUUUUUACUUGUAUUUUUUGCAUAAGUUGACUGUACCUACGUAUACCUAUAAUACCUAAGUAUAACCUACACAUAUAUUUUAAAAUGAGAUUUUCUUUCAUAAUUUAGUUUAAUGUUUCUUCUGUAAAUUAGUUCAUUUGAUUCAUUUACCUGCGAAUUAAAUUA